UAAAUGAGUUAAUCUAAUCACAUAGCCGGCACCAAAGUUUGUGUGACAAAUGACAAGUUAAACCAAAAGCAGUAUUUGAGUAGAGCACGUCUGUUAUUUUUCCACUUAAACUUCAGAUUAUUUUCUUGGUCUUGUCGCUUGGUCAGAGACUCAAACAUGGCAAGUGGAAAUGAAAGCGGUAACAGUAAGCUCCAACUCUAUUCUUACUGGAGGAGUUCUUGCUCUUGUCGUGUCCGAAUUGGCCUCAAUUUGAAAGGAUUAGAUUAUGAAUAUAAAGCCGUGAACUUGGUGAAGGGAGAGCAGGACAGUCCUGAGUUUAGAAAGCUCAAUCCUCUUGGUUAUGUGCCGGUUUUGGUAGAUGGGGAUGUUGUUCUCUCUGAUUCUUUUGCUAUUUUAAUGUAUCUGGAAGAGAAGUUUCCUCAACAUCCGUUGUUGCCUUCUGAUCUUAAGAUAAAAGCUAUCAAUUUUGAGGUUGCAAAUAUUGUGUCCUCAAGCAUACAGCCUCUGCAAAAUCUUGUUGUAUUGAAGUACAUUGAUGAGAAAUUUAGCCCUGAUGAGAAACUUCCUUGGGUUAAACAUUUCCUUGGAAAAGGCUUUGCAGCACUUGAGAAGCUGCUAAAAGACUAUGCUGGAAAAUAUGCAACUGGAGAUGAAGUAUACCUGGCAGAUUGUUUUCUGGCGCCGCAACUUGAUACAGCAUUUAAAAGGUUUAAUCUUGAUAUGAGCGAGUUCCCUAUUUUAGUGAGGUUGCAUGAAGCAUAUGGUGAGCUACCGGCAUUCCAAAAAGCUAUGCCAGCAAACCAGCCCGACACCCCUUCCUCCUGAACUUGUUAGAUAAAUAAGCUGAGGAGAUCAACAUUGUUGACUCAAGUAUUCAGCUCAAGUGCAAAACAUUGGAGCUUUAGUUAAAGGUUUCAAAGAAUUUGCAAAUAAGUGGGUUGUUCUGUCAUGUAUAGCUGUGAUGAAUUAUAAUAAAGGAUUAUAUGAAUAUCUAAUUUGAAUUUUCUUGAGCCCCCUUCAUCA